AAAUUGUUCACUAUCGAUAAUUCAGUUUUAUGAUUACAAUUCGUCGGUAAAAUUAUUCUUAAAGCGAAAAGUAUAAAAUUUGCCAAAGUUGUUAUAUUCACGUGUGGAAAAUUUUGCUUCUCUUUAAAAUUUCUAAUAAAACUGCUAAAGACAAAGGACGCGAGUAACAGUGAAUUUUCAUACAAUCGUAAUUAUUAACGUAAGUCAAAAUGGAUAUUGGAUUUUCCUCUUAUCAUAACGGUGGACCCGCAAGAGAACAAGACUUUAGUAGGUUGUCUCAGACUAUAGGUACCUCUAUAUUGAAGAUAUCACAAAAUGUAUCUUCAAUGCAAAAAAUGGUUAAUCAAUUGGGUAGUUCUACAGAUUCCCAAGAACUUAGAAACAAAUUGCAUCAGAUACAACAUUAUACACAACAACUUGCGAAAGAUACUAGUGGUCAUCUACGUGAUUUAGCUAAUAACUCUGGCUCUACCAGCCCGGGAGAACAAAGGCAACGUAAAAUGCAACGUGAGCGACUUCAGGAUGAAUUUACCACAGCAUUAAAUUCUUUCCAGGCUGUGCAAAGACUUGCUGCCACAAAAGAAAAAGAAAUGGUCAGAAAAGCUAAAGCUAAUGCAGGUAUUGCUCCAUUUGGAGAAAAAAAACAAGAAACUUUAAUCGAAUUGCAAGACAGCAGAACACAAAAACAAAUACAGCAGCAACAAUUGAAAGAAGAACAAAAUUUACGAAUGUUAGAAGAACAAGAAGCAAGUAUAAGACAAUUAGAGAGUAAUAUCAGCGAUAUUAAUCAAAUUUUUAAAGAUCUUGGUGCUCUAGUAUAUGAUCAAGGAGAAGUUAUUGAUUCUAUAGAAGCUUCAGUGGAAAGAACAGAAGUAUCAGUCAAUGAAGCAUCUUCGCAUGUAAGGCAAGCUAGUGUUUAUCAAACUAAGUUGCGUAAGAAAAAAUGUAUUCUUGUUUUAAUUGGAGUAAUUGUAUUGUCUAUUUUGAUUGGAAUUAUAGUUUGGCGAAGUUCUUAA